UCAAAAUUAGCUGUUAAGGCAAAUAUUAUUUAAGGAGAAGAAUGAAAGCUUCCAUAGACGCAAUGUAAACCUGUUUCGCCUCUGCACCAAAAGGGCCUUUUCUUCUGUUGUCAUAGUAAUAAAAUGUCGCCUACAUCCUUAAAGAAGCCAAAUUGUCGCCACCAAAACCUGUUCUCCGGAUAGUACCCUUUAAAUCAUUUGCUAUCUUCCAAAUUGUGUACUGCCUUUCUUAUAUCUUUUUAGUGAAACCUCAAUUUUCCCAACGGGUACGAAGACGGAUCAUUCGAUGUUUGUACAUUUAUAAUUUUCAAAAUUUGAAUUUGUAUGUUUACAGUAAUUGAAAGAGAUCCCAUGAUUCUUCAGGUGAGGCUUAUCUCAGUAUUCAGGCUGUUUUUCUGUGAUCUUCCUACGUAUUUCGAACUGAGUAUGUUUAUGAAGUAAUUUUGACAAUGAGCAGCAUCACGUUUAAAGAAAAUGAUUUUCAGAACAAGAAAGGAACAGCGAAUUUUUCAUUAUGCUGUGCAACACAUUCCUUUCCUCAUAAAAAUAAACUCGAUAUAAGCAGUUUUUUAGGUCAAUCAGAUACUGAAAAAAAUUUACCAGAUUCUAAGCGUAAACGAAUUUCUUUCGAUCCGUACCGUGAUCUUCAACUGACUGCUUUCAGCUGGAGAAUUAUAAAAGGUAACGAUUUAAGCCUUAAGUACUCCAAAAUCUUUACUAAACGGAUGUCUGACCAUAUAUUUCGACAAUUGGAAGAUGAAGUGGUAUAUUUUGGAGGCGAUUUGCUAAAAGUGAAAGUGUUUGGUAAAUGGCAUAACAUUCCUCGUAAGCAAGCAGCUUAUGGCCACCCUGGUUUAUCUUAUGCAUUCUCUGGAAACUGCCUUCCAGCUGUACCUUGGCAAAACUGUAAUAUUAUAAAGCAACUUAAAGAGGUAGUUGAGUCUGUCACAAACUGCAAAUUUAAUUUUGUUCUGGUGAACAGGUACAAGGAUGGCUCUGAUCAUAUGGGAGAACACCGGGAUGAUGAGAAAGAUCUUGUUCCAGAAGCUCCUAUUGCUUCUUUAUCUUUUGGUCAAGCAAGGGAUUUUAUAUUCAGGCACAAAGACUGUAGAAAGAAAACUGAAAAGCCUGAUGCCUCUCUUAAUGUUAGGAAACUUGAACUUGAGCAUGGUAGUCUUCUUCUGAUGGAGUGGCCUACUAAUAAAUUUUGGUAUCAUAGUCUUCCUAUUAGGAAAAAAGCUCCUAAUGUAAGAAUCAAUUUAACUUUCAGACAAAUGGUCAUAAAAUAAAAUUAUGUAUGUGUAGGAUGCUGUUAUGUAAAUUUAAAAUUAAAGAUUGUUUCUGAGUUU